CGUGGGGGAAGAGUAAAAUCAGUCAAAUACAUAAACCCGGCGCCCACGUCUUAACAACAGUUUCGAGUUUUGCCAAAUGCAGCAUUUAGCAUUUUUAUAAAACAUUUUAACAUUAGCAAGAUAUAAUGGUGACUUGCAAAGUGUGUCUUGGAAAUGAUUUUGAACUGCAGGAUGGACAUUACUAUUGCCAGAAUUGUCACACACAGGCAGAGGACUGGCAAGAGGAAGAACAUGAAUUAGCUUUCAGCCAAAGUCUGAAACAUGUCAGUAUUAUCGCGCAGUCUUUCCAAGAAAAGGAAAAUGAUGCAGAAACUAGCAAGGAGAAAAUUUCUAGUGACGCUUGGUCUUCGUGGGAAGGCUUAAGCCACGUCUUAGUUGGUCAAAUCGAUGAGCUGGAAGCCUUAGCGCCUCUUCCAAAGGAUUUUAAAUUCACAGCUUUCAAUAUUUGGGCUAAAUGUUUGCAGACGAUUGGAGUUUGUUUUACUAAAAGACAAUUUCCUUUUGCGGCAGCAAAAACUGAAAGGGAUCUCAAGUGGAUUAUGAUGCAUAAAUUGCACAAUAAAAGAAAAUAUAAACGGAGGAGGCAAAGAAGGAAAGCUACAGAUGCUAGCUCUGAUGCCUCUAGCCUAAAAAGUGCAGCAAGUCUGAAGAGGAAACUUGCUAGCCAGGUAUAUUUAAGUGAAACGUCAGUCACAAGCACUAACGCUAGUACAUCCAUGAUAGAGUCAACUUUAGAUGAUGAGGAGCAAGAAGAUAAAGAAAGCACCAUAUUCAAAAGAAACAGGCACAAAGACCUGAGCUCAAAAAAUUUGACGCGUAAAACUCUUCUGGGAAUACUUUUUCUUUCCCUGCAAUUGACAGAGAGUGACGUUAAACUUACUGACCUUUUAAGGUGGCUGAAUCACAAUCAUGUUUCUUACCGCUGGAUUGAACAGUUUCUGCCUGGUGAGUCUUGUCUCAAUGCAGGUGAUCGAGGACUGUUUGGGCCCAAGCAGUCAAUUUCCGACAAUCCAAAUUCAGCCAAAUGCAUGAUUUUGUCUGAAGCCAGACAAAUCCAUGCCACUCUGAACUACCCACAUGUCCCUCUCGGAGAAUUGGAGCCGGUAGUUCGAAGGUUUCUUCAGGAACUAUGCCUUCCAAGUGAACUGAACAAAGUGAUUUCUAAAUUAUUAGCUUAUAAGAAGCAGAAUAGUCGUUUCACCUCGGACAUCACCAAAUUGUGCUACAUUCCUUUAGCAGAAGUUAGGGCUGUAGCUUUUAUUAUUUUUGCCUUGAAGUUACUGCUCUGCUUGGACGACAAUACAGAAUAUCAGCUCUCCAAUUGGGCGGAGGCUCGGCCCACGGAAGAGCAGCAUUUUGUCUGGACAAAUUGGGUCGAAUUCAUUGAACUGCGAAACACGAUCCUAGCCGACCAUUUUUUCUGGGCCAAACAGAUGUUCAACAAGCAAGCAGUGCAAACCUCAAACAACACAGUCCAUUUGGACCCCAGUUUUCUACCUGCCUACUCUAACAAGUCUGCCCCAAACAGCAGUUCUAUGAGCACUGAGAAAAAGAAGUUUUUGCUCAAGUUAUCGUCGAAGCUGUCAACUUGUGCUGGCGGCCAGGAGGAGAAUGGUGAAAACAGCAGCCAGCCAGAUCCAACAAAAUCAUUGACGCCGCUCACAGUUGGUCUCAAAGUUGCCAUCGAACAUGGAUCGUUCAAGCCCAUGGCAGAAAAAGUUCAGCGUUCCGUCCAAUCUUUUUCUUUCUCAAAGUGUGACUAUUUGACAAAGUUUUUGGAAAAAUCCAAUUUUGCUGCUACUAACUUUGAUCAAGAACUACUGCAAGAGCAAGUGAAAAAUAUUUCUUUUUCAAAAAAACAAUAUCUGGUGAAGUUGUUUAAAACAAACAAAAAAGCGCAGAGCAGUCGUGGACAGAAAAAACUGGAAAAUGAUCAUAGCAACAGCAGAGAAUAUUGGCUGUUUCCUUUGCCAGUGGGAAUUGGAGAAGAAGUUGGAGAACGGCUUCUGGAAAUGAAUCUACCAGUUUCCUUCUGGUGGUUGUUAAGGCAAUGUUCUUUGCUUGUCGACUCGUCGCCUUUGACUGUUUUUAAGGAACUUUUGAUAAUUGAAAAUGCAUUUUUUGAAAACCACUGUAAGAAUACUGGUUUUAACAAAUUGUUGAAAGUUGUUUUCAACCAGCACAAAAACCUCUAUUAGUUAAAUCAAGACUGUCUAAUUUUCCUCAUUAAAUGAAUUUAUUGAAAGUUAAAUGUAAUUAAUUUUCUGGAAAAUUUUAAUCUUGUUAACCAGAUCUCACUAUUAUAAUUAUAAACUAUAACAAGUUGUCAAAAUAAAUAAAUCGAAUUA